ACAAGUUCGUGUUCCCCGGCGGCGGGACCAUGUUUCCGAACGGUGCCGAUGCGUACAUCGACGAGAUCGGCCGCCUGAUCCCGCUCCGCGACGGGUCGAUACGGACCGCCAUCGAUACCGGCUGCGGGAGCUGCAGGUUGCGAGCUGGGGCGCGAGCCUGCUGUCGCGAGGGAUCCUGACGAUGUCGCUGGCGCCGAGGGACACGCACGAGGCGCAGGUGCAGUUCGCGCUGGAGCGCGGCGUGCCGGCCAUGAUCGGCGUGCUCGCCUCCAACCGCCUGCCCUUCCCGGCCAGAGCUUUUGACAUGGCACACUGCUCGCGCUGCCUCAUCCCCUGGCAUCUCUACGACGGAUUAUACCUGAUCGAGAUCGACCGCAUUCUGCGGCCCGGGGGGUACUGGAUCCUCUCGGGCCCGCCGAUCAUGNGGGAGAGAACGCAAGACGAUUUGAAUUCCGAACAAUCCGCAAUCGAGAACAUAACCAGGAGCCUCUGCUGGAAAAAGAUCAAAGAAAGCGGCGACAUCGCAGUUUGGCGGAAGCCCACCAACCACAUCCACUGCAAGAUCACCCGCAGGAUCUUCAGAUCCCCCCGGUUUUGCCCCGCGGACUCGAGCCCCGACGCCGCUUGGUACGCGAAAAUGGAGCCCUGCAUAACGCCGCUGCCUCAGGCGCACAACAUCAAACAGGUGGCGGGCGGGGAGCUCGCGCGGUGGCCCGAGCGCGCCGCGGCGGCGCCGCCGCGGAUCGUGAGAGGGAGCGUCGCGGGAGUGUCGGCCGAGGCGUUCGCGGAGGACGCGGCGGCGUGGAGGAGGAGGGUCGGGUUCUACAAAGCGGCCGCGGCGGAGCAGCUGCGGCGGCGCCGCAACGUGCUCGACAUGAACGCGCGUUUGGGCGGCUUCGCCGCCGCGCUCGUGGGCGAGCCCGUGUGGGUCAUGAACGUGGUGCCCACCGCGGCCCCCGUGGACACGCUUGGUGUGAUCUACGAGCGCGGGCUCAUCGGCACGUACCACGAUUGGUGCGAGGCAAUGUCUACAUAUCCGAGAACUUAUGAUCUUCUUCAUGCUGAUUCAGUGUUCAGCCUCUACAAAGACAGAUGUGAAAUGGAAGACAUUCUCUUGGAGAUGGAUAGAAUCCUGAGGCCGGAGGGGGCAGUGAUCUUCCGCGACGACGUCGAUAUUCUGGUGAAGGUCAAAAAUGUUGCGGACAGAAUGCGGUGGGAGAGCCGGAUCGCCGACCACGAAGACGGCCCGCUGGUCAGGGAGAAGCUGCUCUUGGCUGUGAAGACAUAUUGGACAGCCCAGGACCAGAACCAAGAUCAGUAGUAACAUGGAGUUCGUUUUUGUUAACUUGAUGGGUUUGUUUUGUUCUUCUUUUGGUUACUAUAGCUCAUUAAAUUUUGACUUUUGUUGGUGUAGCACAUGUGACAUGUGGAGGAAGGGGUAGUGAAGUUUACAUGAAUUACUUGAAUGAACAUGAGGCACUUAUUUUUCAUGA